CAAACAAAUAUCAAUUAGAAUUUGUCAGAUUGUCGAAAAAUAAGAUAAAAAAUAUAAGCUAUGCAAAGAGUAUAAAAAGUGUAGGGGAUAUUAAAACACGUAGUAUCUUAAACUAGACACUGAUUGCUGAAACUGAUGAUUACGUUAAUUUGUAUUUUUCGACUGGGCUACUAUAUGCCGAAUGACACAUGUCAAAUUCCUACUGAGGCAAACAAAGAGCUGAAAAAAUCAAAAACAACUUUAUGUGAACCACCCAACUUUGAUAUUACCUUGUACUGUAAGGAGUCCCGUAGCUCGAUAGUUUCAUUUAAUAAACGACUUUAUGACUUAGCAGUAACGUUGAUUUCUUCUGUUUAGUGUUUACGUCUUUUUGGUAAUAUUGUUUAUAAGACUCAGUAACAUAUUACCUAUUUAACAUUUUGCUCAUUUGCUGUGAUAUUUUGAAGAGAACAUUUGUGCAUUUAGGCUUUUGUUGAUAUUAAUUUUUAAUACUUUAUUAAUGUAUUUAUUUUUGUGACGUAUUUUUGAAGCUUAUGUGUAUUAUAUUCGAAGAAAACUAAGUUUAAGAAUAAAUAUCAAAUACUUAUAAUUUUAAAUAGUGAACUUUGAAAUAAGUGACCAAAAUGAGUGAUAUGAACACGUUGUUGAAGCAAGCUGCUAUGCAGAUAGGUGCCGGUGGUAGUGCAGGGUUUGUUGAGGUCCUAAUAAUGCAGCCUCUGGACCUUAUAAAGACCAGGCUGCAGCUGCAAGCUACCAAUAAGAACCUGCCAAGAACUGACCCUCAUUAUUAUACUGGAAUAUUGGACUGUGUAACGAAAAUGUACAAGCAUGAAGGAUUAUCAUCAUUCUACAAGGGUAUAUUGCCUCCUAUUUUGGCCGAGACACCUAAACGAGCCGUGAAGUUUGCUUGCUUUGAACAAUACAAAAAGCUUUGUAUGUCAAUUCUUGGUACCAGUACAGCAACACCUUUAGUAUUUUCAAUAGCUGGGUUCGGGGCAGGAUUAACAGAAGGCUUAUUUGUAAACCCAUUUGAAGUGGUAAAAGUAACAUUAAUGGCUAACAAGGCCAGAGGGAAAGAGGUUCCAAGUACAUGGUUUGUGACAAGGCAAAUUGUGAGAGAACAUGGCUUUGGCUCUAGAGGGCUAAGCAAAGGUCUUACUGCAACCCUCGCUAGGAAUGGAGUUUUCAAUAUGGUAUAUUUUGGAUUCUAUCACAGCGUCAAAGACAUUGUACCUGAGAAUAAGGUUCCUGUACUAGACUUUUUAAGAAAAUUGUGCAUCGGUUUCGUAGCAGGAUGUCUAGGGUCAUGUGUCAAUAUACCAUUUGACGUGGCUAAGAGCCGAAUCCAGGGUCCGCAGCCUGUCCAAGGCCAAAUAAAGUACAGAACAACUACAGGAGCUAUGAUCACUGUGUAUCGGGAAGAAGGAUUCCGCGCCUUAUACAAAGGUCUGGUACCGAAAAUCCUGCGACUAGGUCCUGGAGGCGCUAUAAUGCUGGUUGUUUACGAAAAAGUAUACCAUUUCCUAGAAACGAAAUUUAUCUAGAAUUUAGUCUACAAUUGAAUAUACUGUAGCACAAAUAGUAACUACAAG